AUGCCCCUCACCCCCAACACCCUCUACAUAGCCCUCUACCUCCGCACCGACCCCCCCACCCCAAACAACUACCACUGGGCCCUCUACCUCCACAAUCCCAACCCCAACCCCACCAGCAAAAUCCAAGGCAGCACAAAAUACCAUAUCGUCAAUUCAGGCCCCAGCUCAGCCUGGGUGGCGUCCCACGGGCCCGAGUCCGGAAUCCUCAAGACCUUCCUCCUCGCAGGCCUGACUCGCAUCGGAGAGGUCCCUGACAAUCCUGCAGUGUUAGCGAAGACAGACGAGGUGAUUAAAUCUUUCGACGGGCAGCUGAAUGAGUUGGACGUGACGUGUCGGACGUGGUUGGUGAGGGUGUUGGAUGUAUUGCAGCGCGAGGUGGGCGUUCCGCGGUAUAGGGAUGGGAAGGACGCCGGGGAUUUGGAGAGGGAGGUGUUGGGGUUUGGGAAUGAAGUUGCUGGUGAGGCCAUUAGGAAUGUGCAGCCGAGGCCGGUGGUGGAGUCGUUGGUAAUCGACCCCCAAUCAGCAGCCCUCACCAACAUCGAAGUUCUCGCCUACCUAACAGCGAACCCACCCCGACGACCACCCAACCCGCCCCCGAACUCGAGACACUGGGUUCCGAGUCCGGAUUUGAGGGAUCAUAACACUGUUGUUAAAGAGAUCCACAACUACAUUUCCCGCCUCUCCCCGCACAUUCUCACCUACCCCCAAUAUGUCCCGGACCAACUCAAGGACCAGCCCCCGGCAGCCCAACAGCAGUCGCAGUCGCAAAUAGACACCAACGGCGGCGACAGCGCGCCGACGAUGCCUCUCGCCCCGGCGCAAGCCAACGCCCCAACGCCUAUGGAUAACGCGCUGCGAGAACUCGUCGUGCGAUUACAGCCGUUUGGGCUGACGAAGGGUGAGGUGCUUAUGAUUGUUAAUUUGGGGGUCGGGGUCGUUGGGUCUGCUGAGCAGGAGGUGGAGGGAGAGGAGGGGGAGGUAGAAGGGGAGGGAGGGGUAGAGGUAGAGGGAGAGGGAGAGGGGGUAGUAGAGAAUGGGGAGGUGAAUGGUGAUGUUGAUGGGAUGGAGGUUGAUGGGGAGGGGGAAGGAGAGGGAGCUGCUGCCGCUGUUGAAGGAGAGGAAGGAGAAGGCGGAGAGCAGGGUGAGGGAGAGUUGGCGGAAGAGGACUACGGCGCUCUGGCGCUUUUGGAUACGGUCAUUGAAGAGCGGGAGGAACGGUUGAGUAAUGAGGAUGUUACGAGUAUAUUGAGGAUUAUUCGGGAGUUGUUGGGCCCGGAGGCAAAUGUAUGA